GAUGGAUCAUAAACGGAUCACAGUUUAAAGAUUGAGAAAAAAAGGAAGGUCUGAAUUACACACUUUUUUUUUACUCUUUGGAAGCAAACCUAGACUGGAAUAUGUGCUUUUGGAACCAAGCAAACUUGAGCGACACCUAAACAUUUGGGUUUGACUGUUCUUCAGCUGAUAGGCUAGCUGGUUUAUCCUCUUUCGACACUUCUGUUUUUUCCUGAUCUGCUUCCGUGGAUCUCUUGCUCUAGAUCAUGAGUGACAGUAAAGACAAUCCCAAGGGCACCGAAAGCGGGCUUAACAUCAAACCAAAGCUUGACCGCAAGGGCAGCAUCAUCUUUGGGACAUCAGAGAGACGCCAAAAGGCCAGCAAGUCUCUCAGGAGAAGCCGCAGUAAUGAUGCAGAAAGCCAUCAAAGUGAAGAUGGACGAGGAAGAGAACAAGACAGGAGGCAGGGUGGAAAGCGAAAACGGGGUCGAAGCGAGGAGGGUAGGAGGCGAAACCGUGACUACGACAACGAGCUAGGAAACCACACAAAAGAGCAACCCCAAGAUGACCUGGAAGACACUGAGUGCAUUGUGUGCUUCUGUAGCUUCGACAACAUCUUCAAGACACCCAAAUUACUUACCUGUGGACACACGUUCUGUCUGGAAUGCCUGGCACGCAUCAAUGUGAAUUCUCCCGAGAUCAAGACACUGACGUGCCCCAUCUGUAGGGAACCGACAGAAAUCCGACAUGGCCGAGACCUACCAAAGCUGGGCAAUAACGAAGACAUCUUCCGCAAGCUUCCCCCUGAGAUGCAGCAGGCCCUGUCCAUACGCUUUAAACGCAGCAAGGGCAAGCUUGUCCUCAAGAAACCUCCGACAAACUGCCCCAUCAAGACCACUGUGAAUCUGCCGGUUUUGAAGAAGAAAGAGGAGCAGAUGGGCAACUACCCUCUUGGAGUCAUGGAGGAAGGUCUCCGCCCAGCGACAAUGGUCAAUGUAGGCAGACCACCAAGCAGGAUGAGAGGUCGCAUGAGAAGAUUGUUGUAUUCCAAUGAGUGCUAUUACAUUGUUGUGACUGCCAUAGUCAUAGUCACUGUGUCUCUGAUGCUGGUGGGGAUCUUUAGCUUUGUGGUGAUACCAAAUAUGCACAACCAUAACCAGAACCAAACUUCCAAUAUGCCUUAAGGAAUAAUGAAAUGCACAAAGCUCAAGAGGGAUGACGGGAAGGGCAAAGCAAGCUAGAUUAUUUGGUGAAGCCCAUGCAUUGUACACUUUACUUUCAUGCUUUUAUGUAUGAUGCUCCACAGAGAGGCUCAAUAGAAAUAAACGAAAAACUUGAACAUAUGAUGCAUGAUCUGUUGGGUGGAGACAUAUUCGAAAUGGACUGAGACAUUGUCAGGCGAAGGUAUUUAAGAACAAGUGGAACAAUGACGUCUUUUCUGUCAUUGAUGGAUCAUAUUUUCCUUUACCUUUAAAACCCUUCACCUCUUUAAUGUCUUAUCUAUACAGUUUGUGGCAUUGACACUGAACAACAAAUGCAACACCUAACAAAUGCUAAUGUCUCAGAUUAAGAAGGUUAAUGUGAGCAUACAAAUGUUUCUUCUGACAAGAAAUUUAUAUUUCUUUGACUUAUAAUGUACAAAAUGUAAAUAUUUUCUGAUAUAUUUUCUCAACUAAAUGUUCAGACCAUUUUCUAUUCUUUUGCACAAAAGGGAGAGGCCACUUUUUUUUUUAACCUCACUUUCAGUGUAUGUGACAUGAUAUACCUACAAUUACGACAUUGCACUUAUUGAGCCAUAAUGAUCAAUAAAAUACUAUUUUUAGUUUACAGAGGCUCCGGAGGACAUUCCCAGAAAUACAUAACACACUUACAUUAUCUACUAAAUGGACAGAAAACAUCUAUUGUAGAAUAUAGAUAAACUGGACAUGGUUCUUAUACACAACCAUGUGGCUUCCUCAUAGUUACCCUCUCACCAAACUUCCUUAAUGAAGUGUGAACAUACUCAUAUUUCAGUAGGGCAUGGGAACAGCAGUUUUUCUUUCUGCAGGUCUUUAGUACUACAGUAAAUAGGGGGAAAACUGACAACUAGUGUAAAGACACCACAAAACACAUACAAAAUCAAUACAGAUAACAAUGCAAAAACAUGUUAUGCAUUGCAAAGUGGGAGAAGAGUUGUCGAUUCUCUCCAGUUUGGUGGUUUUAAGCAUUAUUUGAUCUUGAAGAUUAGAAACAAGCUAAUCAGGGCAGUUAAUACUUUAAUAUUAAUCUAUUAGUAUAUUUUAUUGUCUGCUUAUCAAAUUCAGCAUGACAUAUUUGAUAAAUUCGUCUCUCCUCGAGGUUACAGUGAGGCACUUACAAAGGAAGUGGAUUGGGUCAAUUUUUGGAAGGUUUAAAGGCAGAAAUGUGAGGUUUAUAAUAUUAGAAAAGCACAUUAAAUCUUCUGUUAAAACAUUUGCAUUAUUUAAGCUGUAAAGUUGUUUAAAUUGUCGUUUUUACCGGAUUACAGUGUUUAUGGCAUAAAUGGUAAUAAAGUUGUAUAAUUGUAAAUAACCUUACACAAAAAUAAAAAGGUUAGUACAAGCAAUUUGAUCACACUAAAAUCAUGUUAACACACAUAUUGUACGUCUAAGUAUUUUAACUUUUUUUUUUUUUUUAAAUGAAAAGUAGGGACAAAAUAUAUUUUUGUGGUAAUCAACAUUAUGCCUCAAAUGCUAACUUGCAUUCAACCCAUGAUAUUCCUUUA